AGUCUGUAUAUAUAUAUAUAUAUAUAUAUAUCCAAAAUUGAAGCUAUAUCGGGACUUGGUGAGAGAAGAAGAUGAUCUCCUGGCUGUUUCUGAAACUGGUAAUCGGUGAAAUGCUUCUGCUAUUGUGCAUUCUCUACAGAACCCCUCUUCGGGAGCCCCUCAUGGUUGUGUUAGAUUGCCCUGUUGUGAUAUCAACUCUCGGCGGGAUUCUACUCGCUCUGUUGCUUUCCACAAUUUAUACCAUCGGCAAGCUCCAUCUCCGUUCAACUGAUUCCGAUGGCUCCGUUAUUCUGAUGGAGGACCAGGUUCUCAUGGCAAACAAGGUGCUAGAAGCGUCUCUUAUUGGAUUCUUGCUAUUCGUUUUACUGAUGAUCGGCAAACUGCACCUGCUUUUAAGGGAGCACAGUUCACUGAAGAGGAUCAUCAUAGCUGAAGAGAAACAAUUAAAAGAAAGGAAAGAUUACAAUGCAGGGAAGCUCAAAGACUUGAAGAAGGAUGUUGCUAUACUGAAGAGACUGAUCAAGAAGCUAGAAUGUGAAUGUGAGAGAAAAGCAAACCAAGCCAAGGCUGCAAAAGCCAAUGAGAUAGCUGUACAAAAGCAAUAUGAGGAAUUCCAACUAGAAUAUGAUAGUUUGCUUGAAUACAAUGAAAUAAUUCGGAACCAGUUGCAAUCAAUUAACCAGAAUUUAUUGGACAAUAGACAAGGAGGAUGGUCUAGCUUGAAAUCUAGCAUAAUACCUGAUAGUCUUGUUCAAUUUCCUUGUGGCAAUCAAACUUCUAUUGAGAGUGGGGGAGAACCAGAUCAAGAAAUCGGACCGCAAACUACUAAUCAGAAUGAUUGCUGCAUUUGUUCUGGCGGACUUCCAAUAUCCUUUCCUAGGCAGCGGAGGCCAAUUUAUCAGCAGCUCAGUACUCUGUUAUAGACACUAGUAAGGUUGACUAGACGAGCUAAUACCACACACACACUGAUUAUGAGUCUGUUGAAAUUUGAAUGUUGUUUGUAGAUGCUUUUAGGUGAUUUAAAGGAAAUGGAAGGAGGGUACCAUAGGAAGAAAGAAAGCUAGCAUGGGAAAGUCUCAUGUUUACUAUUCAUGUUGAAGCCUUUUUGAAUAGUAUAGCAAUUACUUGACAUUUAUAACUUAACACCCAAUCCUAAAGCAACUCAGUUUAUUGAAGAUAUGCUUUCAGUAAAAAGAAUAUGCAAGAUCUACUGUUUUUAACUUUUGAAGAAGGUCUCUACACAUGUUGGUUAAUGAGAUGUUAUCUGACCCUUCAUAGGUUUGUUUAUCAUUCAGCAAAAAAAUAAUAAACUCUUGAAGAGGGUGAUUCUCCUUUUAGCUCUAAUCAUUUGGAAAAAAUAAAGUUAUUGCUUGGAUGAACACCAAAAUGAAGGAAAUCGUUGAGUUAUAUUCAAUACUGAGAAUGAUUGAAGACAUAUAGUUUGAGAUCCAUUUUCACUCUCAAAUCCCCUGCCAUCAUGAGUAGCCGAGGGUGAUAGAAGAAACACUGCAGCUAUUUUGCACAGUAUUUUCAACAAAAUGGGAAGUGUUUUGAUCCUCCUUUUGCAGAUGCCUCCCAGAUGCUUAUACUCUUUGACUGCCUGAAGCAAGGGAUGGCUUCCCUUGGUCAUGGAAACUGUUGCAGGAGUUAUCUUGGUCAUGACAUGAGUCCUGUUUACUGCAUAUAAGUGAGAUCAGGAGCUGUCCUAUCAACAGCCUGGCUAAAUGGACCAAAUUCUCCUGGGUGGUCACAUGCUUGAAGCUUCACUCAUGGGUGUGUGGCAAAGCAUCACUGUGCAUUUUGACUUGUGAAAAGGUGAGUAAACAAGAUGCCUUGUGUGCUUGUUACAUUAGCACCAUGUAUACAGUUAACAUGUCAUCUUAUGGUAUUUUUUGUUUUAUUACCUUCCAUUACUCUUGUCAUUACAUGAAUUACCUGAGGUAAGUGCGACUCUUCUUUUAUUAUACCUGUGGAUAUCCUUGUUGCAAGGCAUUGCAGGUACCCAUAUUUGUGUAUUGGAUAGUGUGGGAGUCGCUAAUGGAUGUUGGAUCCUUACUAGCUAUGAGUCUGUUGUAUCUCCCCUUGCGCUUGAGAUUACUCUUAUUUGUGUCAAGAGUAGAUAUGUGAUAUGAAUGCGCACCUAUCGGCGGAGGUGACAUACUUGUGGUACGGUUGUGAUUACUUGGUUACCGUCUGUGAUGCGGGAUCCUGUGGCGGGGUUACAACUACUGCACGCUAGCAGAGGAUUGAUACCUACUAUGUGGCAGUGAGCUAGGAGUGCCUCGGGCACCGAUAGACACAGAUGGUAUUUCCGGCGUUGAGUAUAUGAUACAUUUGCCAGCGGAGAUGUUUUCUUGUGGUAGGAUUGUGGAGGAUCUUAUUUGCCAACGGCCAGUUAAUACCCCUGGCAUGUCUAUGUGGAUUCUUGUGGCAGAUGAUUUAUUUACUAUGUUGUAUCGUUGUUGAUUUACUGGUUUAUUAUGCAUAUCUUUAUUGUGUGCUUGUGGAUAUUUUGUCUGCUCGUUGAGCUUUAGCUCACGUGUGUUUGCAUGUGUGUGCAGAUUUUCGUGGAUUGGACGAGAUCGAGCAGGCCCAAGUUAAGACCCAAACCUCGGCUAGCGGUAGGGGCCCCAUGGAUCCUUACCAAGCGGAUCUCCCCUUGCAUUUUGUAUUUUUGCUUUUGUGUGUACAUAUGAAGUCGCUCCAUGAUAUACAACAACUACUCGGGUAAGUUUGAUGUAUGACAUGUUUCACAUUUAUAUAUGUUUUAAUGUUCUUUUCUUUC